GCUGGAGAGCUGCGUCUUGUUCAGCGUCUCCAGGUUUGGAAACCCCCAGUGGCUGCAGGGGAAAGUCACGUGUGGAUCCCUUCCAGUUGGGUUUCUUUGGCGCCGAGGCCCGCAGAGAGGUUUUGCCGUUGGGAUGGGAGCUGGGAGAUCCGCUGAAGCAUCUCUGCCUCGCGCAGGCCUCGCCACCACCCUGAUGGACGCCACGACGGACAAGGAGCCGCUGGUGCAGGAGCAGAUCUACAACGCUCUGUGCUACCUGGGGGAGGCCGAGCCCGAGGAGAUCCUGCACUGCUGCGACGAGUAUCUGCGGCAGCACGACAAGCUGGCCUAUCCGCACCGCGUCAUCAUCCUGAAGGCGAUGGAAACGGUGGUGAAGAACAACAUCUCCAGCUUGGACAAAAGCACGGCGAAGGUGGUCAUCUUCCUGGCAUCCAACGAGAUGACCAAAUCGAAGGAGGUGGUCUGGGAAUGGCAGCAGGCAGCCAGCAGCGUGCUGGUGGCGGUCGGGCAGCGUUUCAUCAACAAAGUGAUGGAGGAGGUGCUGACCAAGUUCCAGCCGGGCAUCCUGCCGCAUUACUUCGUCAUGCAGACCUUCGCCAACCUGGCGGUGUCCAACGUGUUCGGGAUGGUGCCUUUCCUCAACUCCAUCCUGGGGACCAUGCUGCCCAUGCUGGGGAUGGCCAAGCAGGACCACAUGAAGUCUGUCUUCUGCUACGCCCUGCAGCACUUCAGCGAGAGCAUCCAGGAAUACGUGGCCAACCUGGACCAGGCCCCCGACCCCACGGUCAGGAAGGACACCUUCUGCAACGAGAUCUUCAGCGCCUACGAGGUGCUCUUCAACAGCUGGCUGCAGCACCGGGAGCCCAAGCUCCGGCUGGCGGUGGUGGAGGCUCUGGGAGCCAUGAGCUACCUGAUGCCCGGCGAGAAGCUGGAGGAGCAGCUCCCAAAGCUGAUCCCGGCCGUCCUGUCCCUCUACAAGAAGCACACGGAGUCCUUCUACAUCUCCAAGAGCCUCUGUCAGAUCCUGGAAGCUUCUGUGGACAUCGGCAGCCGCAGCCUGGAUAUGCAGCUGGAUGCUCUGCUGGGCACCCUGCACCCCCAGAUCUGCACUCCCGCCGACCCGGCUGUGCCCCUGACUGUCAAAAACCACACGGAGGUCCUUCGGUGCUUCACUGUGCUCGCCUGCUCCUUCCCUGACCGAGUGCUGACCUUCCUCCUCCCGAAAUUGGAGAGCAGCAGCGAGAGGACGCGCGUGGGGACGUUGCUCAUCAUGAGACAGAUCAUCAACAGUGCCCCCUCUCAGAUGGAGAUUAAAAAGCCCUUCAUCCUUUCUUCCAUGAAACUUCCCCUUCAAGACAGCAACAACAAGGUGAGGCGUGCCGUGGUGCAGGUGAUCAGUGCCAUGGCUCACCACGGCUACCUGGAGCAGCCCGGUGGGGAGGCCAUGCUGGAGUUCCUGGUGCGGCAGUGUGCCCUGCCCUCGGAUGCGCCCCAGAAGCCGCUCCCAGACGCGGACGAGCCCACGAGCGACAGCGUGCGGAGCAUCAGCGUCAACACGCUCCUCCUCCUCAGCACCACCGUCGAUCGGAUGAACAACGUGCUGUGGCCGUACCUGCUGGAGUUCAUCACCCCCGUGCAGUUCACCAACGCGCUGACUCCCAUCUGCAAGAGCCUCAUGCAUUUGUCCGUGAAGAAACGAGAGGAGGGAGGGAACGCAUCCCUGAUCCCGUACGACCUCAACGGAAAUCUUCCUUCGCCCCACGCCUUAACGACGCGGUUGCUGGUGGUGUCCUCCCGGCCGUACACCGGGGACGGUCGGGGUGCAGCAGCCCUGCGGCUCCUGCAGGCGUUGUGCUGCAGCGUCCACCCUGCCCUGGAGCAGCUCUGGAGCAAAAGGGUUCCUGUGCUGGUGGAGCGCAUCGAGGAGAACACUGAUAAGUCGCUGCACCUGGAGGAGUGGGAAGAGGAGCUGCUGCUGCUCCUCCAGGAAACGCUGGCAGCCGUUUCAGACAACGCUUGGAUUUGCCACUUCGGGACAGAGAUGUGCCGGCAGCUGAACGGCUACAACGGAUUCCCCACCGAGAAGAACUUUCUGUACAAAUGCAUCGGGACGACGCUCGGGGCGUGCGUCAGCAAGGAGUUGGUCCAGAAACAGCUGCAGGAACUGCUGGAAACGGCCCGGUACAACGAGGAGGCGGAGUGGGAGGGACUCGCUUCCUGCUUCGGGAUAUGUGCAAUAAAUCACCUGGAGGAAACGCUGGCCAAGCUGGAGGAUUUUGUGCGGUCUGAUGUCUUCAAGAAAUCCGUGGGGCUGUUCAGUAUUUUCAAGGACCGCAGUGACCACGAAGUGGAGAAGAUCAAGAGCGCCCUGAUCCUGUGCUACGGGUUCGUGGCCGCUCACGCUCCCAGGGAGCUGCUGCUGUCCCGCGUCGAGGCCGACAUCCUGAGGAACAUCUCCCAGUACUUCAGCACCAAGGUUCUGGGGAUAAAGGUAGAGACCAAGGUGCCUUCCGACGCAGCCCAACAGAACCUAUGGCUCUGUAGUCUGUAAGCUCCCUUCCAACCUGACAGUUCCAU